AUGCCAUUCUUAAAGGGUGGACGUGUGGCAGUGACCAGGACGAAGAAGUAUUUGGAAGCUGGGCGAAUACUUCUAAAUGAUGGUGUCAAGAUCAUCGUUAUCAAUCAUAUUCCUGGCGCUGAAAUAUCCCAUGGAUGUGAUGAGUUCAUUAAAUGGCACUUACCUCCAAUGCAAUUCAGAAAUCCAAACGUCCAGAUAAUUACAUUCAAAAAUAUGUUUCCAACCCCAUUUAUCAAGAUAUAUCUUGAGAAAGAUGAAGAACAAGUAGUCAAUUGCGCCUUCCGAAAGAAUACUGACAUUUAUGACCACUUACAUGCACUCCUUGGAAAGGCUGCUCCAUCUGAGAACUCAUUAGUGAACGACUUGACUACAAAAAAUCCUUCAAAUUUUGGCACAGAGUUCCCACGUCAGUGUAUAUGCGAACUGUAUGGUCAGAUGCCUUGUUCUUCUCAUGUUGGAAAGCCAAAGUUGUGGCCACAUCUGAGUUAUACACUACCAUCAGUGGAUCCUGAACAAAUAACAUCAACUCCUGUCGAAAAUAAUUAG